AUGUCGCUCAAGACGGUACAUACGGUUCAAUCGCCGUGGUUCUAUCCAGUAGGAAAUACGUCGCCCGUUUGCUUUACGCAAAAUCUUCCACCCGAAGAAGACGCAGAUUUGUUGCUAUUAGGUUGUGGAGACAUUCGAAGUGUUCUGUUUACCGCCUACAGCGAAGACGCAUCAAGCAUGUAUACAAUCUUACAUUCAUCACUGGCAAAUACACUGACAAUGGCCUACUUAGAUACUCGCACGCUUGACUUCACGUGUUGCGACCUUGAAGCAGAGAUCAUUGCCCGCAAUAUCCUGGCGCUAUCCAUAAUUGUCGAUGACACCGAGGGCGAGCGCAUACUGCAGCUUUGGAACAUCUACUACCAUGUAUUCCUUGACACAGAGUCCGCAGCACUUUUGCACUCCCAGGCUCAGAAGCUCCUAUCUACCGCUGGCUCGAUGCAAGCUUGGACGAACGGUCCUUAUGGCAGGCUGAUCCGAUUUUGCGACAGCGCUACACUCGAAGCUAUGGCGAAGCGGUGGGCCUCCUUCGCCUUGACUCCGGCAACAGGAGAGUCCUAUAGGGCUAUGCAAGCAAAGCUUCGAAAGAGCUGGGCAGCCUCCAAGCGGUACAAAGAGGAGUCCAGGUCUGGAGACGGUAGCAUGAUUGACACCAUCCGUUCUGCGGCCCCGCUGAUAUCCGCUGGAUAUAAAGAUAACGUCGAUCACUCUCGAAUAUUCUGGCGGACAGGCACAUGUAUCGAAGACAAAGAGGCUGUUGAAAAGCUCACGGUAGCUAAUCCGAUGUUCUCUGUACAACGCAGCCCUCUUACUCUACACUAUGCCACCAAUCCAUUAGCAAGCUAUUAUCUUGCGCUCACGUAUGCUCGUCUAGCCCCAGGCUCACCAAUGAAGAGUGCAGCUACCGGAUCUACGGCAGACGAGCGAAGGCGUAAGUCAACGCAAGUUGCAAUCACUCAGUUGUCACACUGGUGUACCGCAUUCCGCGCUGUUUUGCCGCGUGUGACCAUUCGAUAUACUGUUUCUGACGCGCUCGCCUUCUGCCACGUUCUCCAGUACCAGCAGCAGCAUGGAGAGUCGAAAUCAGCGCACUGGUAUCGGACCACGUGGACCUACGACCCUCUGAUUCUGGAUGGCCCCGAUUACGACAAGAAGGGCGAUGCUCCAACAGCGUUCCACGUGAUUGACACUUCCAAUCUGAUAGAUCAUCUCGGCUGCUUGAAUCUGUUGACCGGAACGGCAGCCCUGCUCGUUCGGAAACCAUGGUGCACUAUUCGCACGGAGAUGUUGAAUCCUCGUGAAGGCAAUCUUCCAGAUACCAUCGGAUCAGCCUUGUGCGGAGAUCUCCCAACUGUGGCACUGCUAUUAGGAUUGAACCCCGUCCAAUAUUGGUCGAAUGCGACUGCUACUUGGCAAUUCCCUAGACUCGGGCCGUCAGAAUUAUCCGAAGGCCUGGCUGAAGAUUUCCAAGCAGCAAUGUCCCGACCGAUUAUUCUCUGGAAACCUGUAGACAUCACUCUAGUGCGGUACGAACCCGAUGUGCUUGCCAAAUUUCUUCUAACGAUCUAUUUGGAAAUGUUCCAGGAUGAGAGCUGGAGCAAGCAGUUUUCCACGCUAGGCAUCAAAGACCAGAAAAAGUUUCAGCGAAAGAUGUUUGCAUAUGGAGUCUAUACCCGUGCAAGUUUCGUGGUUCUACUUCGAGCGAUCAAGGGAGGCAAUACUAUGGAUUGGAACCGGUUCAUGACUGUCUUGAUCGAACAGGGUGUCUUGAUGGACAGCACACUCGACAUGGGACCGCACCAUGUACAAUCAUUAUUGACUCACCUAGACGUGCUUUCUGUUUGGCUACCAAAUCCCUAUUGGUGGCAGCCUUGUUCCUUUCCACAUUAUCUCAAGGGUGCAUUCAGGAAUUGGGAGAACAUACCGGCGACCCUGUGUGUCACGCUCGUAGUACCUCAUACCGCAGUCGCCAUGUUUGGCGACGUCCAGGCUAGUGGAACUCCCCUAUGCAACCUGCAACUCCACUCCUCUACGUCUUCAAAAGAGGCGAUCCUUCCGGACAUGCAGCUCGGUUUUGGUCGUGCUGAAGCCAGUGGUAAAGCAUACACGAACGAGUACGCGCUGACCAUACAUGAUGAUCCCAAGGGAUGGAAGGGUAAAUCUCCACUUAUUGUGUCUGCUAUGGUAUCUACUCGCUGCUUGGUCGAUGGGGGCGACCGAAAAUGCCAUGUGGUAUAUGCACUGAAAAGCACGCCAGCAUCGACGACACGCUUCUUGACCAUACUAGGCGCCAGGUUGCAGAUUCAUCGAUCGGCCGUUGGCAAGAAAGACGUCUUCAUCACGCGAUACCGGCCAAACAUGUCUGGUCAUGUUGUGACCGCCAUGACGGCCACUUCCUCGCGCGAAGAAGAGGUCUCGUCACCCCAAGGCUCAUCGAAUCCAUCGUCGGCUGCAGCGAAGAGCGUUGUGAUCUACCCUGUGUUCAACAAGCAAGCAAGCAAGAUCAAUGCACUACGCAUCCGGUUCACUAUCGUGUCCGAAGAGGCUAAAGUGUUCUUACAGCAGGGCGGAGAAGUGGUGUGGAAGACGGCUACGCCAUACACGCUGAUCCUGACAAUCGGCAGGAACUUCCAGCAGACCUUGUUGCUCCCUCUGCCUCUCAGCACUGAGUCAUCCAAGACGAGAAUUGCUCGCAAGUCAUUGUGGAUUGAAUAUACGGCGCCGGUGGUCGAUGUCAAGUCGUUGAGUUCACGACCUGACUUUAUGUUUCGCAUGUCAGUGGACAAGGAAUCCCGACCCUAUCUCGAGACUCUACACUAUCUUCGGGUUGACUCGCUUCCCAAACUGUACGCCGAUCCGAGGCCUUCAGAAGUUGGUUGGCUCAAGGCUGUUGUUUCGCCCAAGAUCACAAUGUCGUCCUCGGAAUUCAAGCAAUACGAGAUGAUGCUCGCUGUCGGCGCCAUCCAUAUCCCCGGUCAUCUCGGCAUCAAAGAGUCUCUACAAUCCACGUGUGCGCACAUGUUCGGUCUCGAUGGGACUAGUCGCGGACAUGUCUUCCAAUUCUGCACGCCCACCACCUUCUUCGGUGUUCUCCACGUCGACUGCAUCCGCAUGGACAUUUCGAACCAGACAGUCGUCUUCGACGCCGCGCUUAUCCCACACCACUCUGGCCCGGAGAUGCAAGCCGUAGGUACGUUCUUGGCGGCCCGGGGGGAGCACGUCAUUGGCAUCCAAGUCCAGAAAGACGAGGCGGUUCUCUGGAAGCACCUGUUGCCCACUUUUGCCGAACGGUGUCGGCAGUGGAAACACAAGGAUAGCUGCGAGUAUAAGACCGCGGGACGUAUUCCCUUGUCCACACAUGACGACAAGCCAUACAUGUGCACCUGCGGCAUCGGCCUCUUUCCCGCAAACUACCUCGGCACGCGCAAAAACAGCAAGCCACUCCUCCAACACGCCGUUCGCGUCGCCAUACCCGUCAUCUUCGCCUCGCCCAUGCUAAAAGACGAGCCGGACGCCGUUACCUUUGCCUCGACCUUUCUGGCCCAAGACGGCGAGAAGAAGCAGAAGAAGAAGAAGAAGAAGGAGGAUCGGCCGGCUGGGCGUACAACAGCACCUCGUCGUGUCGAAGACUUGGGGGCCAAGAAGGAUACGUGCUUUGAGUGCGGCGCGAAGCAGGCGCAAGGUGGUGGGGUCCUGCUCCAGUGCUCAAAGUGCAAGAGGGCGCAGUAUUGCUCGGUUGGGUGUCAGAGGAAGGAUUGGAAGGCGCAUAAGCUGGUGUGUGGGCAGUUGUUGAAGGGAUAG